AUGCAAAACCAGCCAAUGAUGAUGAAUCAAAUGCAACAACAAAUACCACCGCAAAUGAUGCCUCAAGUUAUGUCACAAACAAAUAUGCCACCAAAUGUUCCUCAGCCAGUUCCACAAAAUCAAAUGCCCACAGCAAUGCAACAGCCAAUGAAUCCAUCAAUGAACCCAAUGAUGCAACAGCAGAUGCCAAUCAACCCAAUGAUGCAAGGUCACCCUCCUUACAUGCCAAGUCAACCUCCUGUUCCUGAAGAGGAAGCUGAGUUGGAAAAAACACCGGCAAUGGAUGAAGCUUAUUCAAAAAUGACAGAUGACCAAAAGAAACGCUUCGAUUCUUUACGUUCUCAGGAUAACCAUUUACCUUAUAAGAAAUUGGGUGAAAUUAUGAAGAAAUAUGCUCCAGAAAAUACAACUAUUUCAGACGAGACGCUUAAACUCGUUCGUUGGGCUGGAAAACUUUUCAUUGCAGAAUUGGUCGAAACAGCUACAAAUAUUCAAGAUGAUGGUAAACCUCUAACACCAGAAUCUAUCAUGCUGGCAUUUAAUAAGCUCCAAGAUGAUGGAAAAUUACCCGGAUAUUCAGAAGGUGUUAAAAGAGGCUUCCUUAAAUAA